GGCAGCAUGGACAUCCGCAACGACGUCUCCCAGCUCCAGAAGCUGGAGAACUGCUCCAUCAUCGAGGGCAACCUGCAGAUCCUGUUGAUGUUCACCACGGGCGCCGAGGACUUUCGGGGGCUCAGCUUCCCUCGCCUGCUGAUGAUCACCGAGUACCUGCUCCUUUUCCGUGUCUACGGGCUGGAGAGCCUGCGGGAUCUCUUCCCCAACCUCUCCGUCAUCCGCGGCACCAACCUCUUCUUCAGCUACGCCUUGGUCAUCUUCGAGAUGCCGCAUCUGCGGGACGUGGGGCUGCACAGCCUGGGCCACGUCCUGCGUGGCUCCAUCCGCAUCGAGCGCAACCAGGAGCUUUGCCACCUCUCCACCAUCGACUGGGGGCUGCUGCUGCCCGACGCCGUGGACAACACCUACAUCGUCAGCAAUAAAUUGGCGGAAGAGUGCGCCGAUGUCUGCCCGGGCAUCCUGGACGUGGAGAAGCCAUGCGCGCAGACCACCGUCAAUGGGCAACUGGAUUAUCGCUGCUGGACAUCCAGCUACUGCCAGAAAGCCCGCAGCAUCUUCUGCCACAAGUGCGAGGGGCUGUGCCCCAAGGAGUGCAAGGUGGGCACCAAGACCAUCGACUCAACGCGAGCGGCGCAGGAGCUGGGGGGCUGCACCCUCGUCGAGGGCAACCUCAUCCUCAACAUCCGCCGGGGCUAUAACCUGGCCUCGGAGUUGCAGAGCAGCCUGGGGCUCAUCGAGACCAUCACGGGCUUCUUGAAGAUCAAGCACUCCUUCGCCCUCGUCUCCUUGUCCUUCUUCAAGAACCUCAAGCUGAUCCGCGGCGACUCCAUGGUGGACGGGAAUUACACCCUGUACGUCCUGGACAACCAGAACCUACAGCAGCUCUGGGACUGGAACCACCACGUCCUCUCCAUCCCCGUGGGCAAGAUGUACUUCGCCUUCAACCCCAAGCUGUGCCUGGCCGAGAUCUACCGCAUGGAGGAGGUGACGGGCACCAAGGGGCGGCAGAACAAGGCCGAGAUCAACCCCCGCACCAACGGGGACCGGGCGUCCUGCAAGACCCAGACCCUGCGCUUCAUCUCCAACGUCACCGAGUCCGACCGCAUCUUCCUCAAGUGGGAGCGGUACCGACCCCCCGAGUACCGGGACCUCCUCAGCUUCAUCGUCUACUACAAGGAGUCACCCUUCCAGAACGUGUCGGAGUACGUGGGGCAGGACGCCUGCGGGGCGCAGAGCUGGAACGUGCUGGACGUGGAGCUGCCGCUCAGCAGCGAGCAGGCACCGGGGGUGACCCUCCUCAACCUCCGCCCCUGGACCCAAUACGCCAUCUUCGUCCGCGCCAUCACCCUCACCACCGCCGAGGAAGGCCGCAACUACGGGGCGCAGAGCGAGGUGGUCUACAUCCGCACCAUGCCGGCGGCCCCGACGGUGCCCCGGGACGUCAUCCCCAUGACUACUGCCACAAAGGUGAGGGCAGCAACCGGGGACACCGGUCUGAAGCUGCCCACCAGCAGCGCGGACACCCGUUUUGGGGACGGAGAUGGCCCCGAGAUGGAGCAGGACACGGAGGAGCGGUGCUGCCCCUGCCGCCCCGCCGACGGGCAGCUCCGCAUGGAAGGUGAAGCUGAGUCCUUCCAGAAGAAGUUUGAGAACUUCCUCCACAACUCCAUCAUCAUCCCCAGGCCACCCUGGAAGGUGACAUCCAUCAACAAGAACCCGCAGAGCCGCACCGGGGGCGAGCCCAAACCCGACUUCCAGAUCUUUGAGGACAAGGUGGUGCGUGACCGGGCGGUGCUCUCACGGCUGCGGCACUUCACCGAAUACCGCAUCGACAUCCACGCCUGCAACCACGCCGCGCACACCGUGGGCUGCAGUGCCGCCACCUUCGUCUUUGCCAGAACCAUGCCGGAGCUGCAAGCCGACAACAUUCCCGGCAACGUCACGUGGGAGCCGGCGGGCAAGAACAGCGUCCUGCUACGCUGGGAAGAGCCCAGGAACCCCAACGGGCUCAUCCUCAAGUACGAGAUCAAGUACAGCCGUGAGAGUGAGGAGGUCACCACCGUUGUCUGCGUCUCCCGUCACCGUUACUCCAAGUACGGGGGCGUCCACCUGGCCCUGCUCCAGCCAGGGAACUACUCGGCCAAGGUCCGGGCCACCUCAUUGGCCGGCAACGGCUCGUGGACGGGGCUCGUCAAGUUUUACAUCCUCGGGCCAGCUGAGGAGGAGUCCGGCAGCUUCUACGUCCUGCUCACCGUCACGCCCGUGGUCCUCAUGGUGCUCAUCUCCUGCCUCGCCAUCUUUGUCUUCUUCUACAACAAGAAGAGGAGCAACGAUGGGUAUCCCAGUGGGACGCUCUACGCCUCCGUUAACCCCGAGUACUUCAGUGCCUCGGACACCUCCGUCAUGAAAGCCUUCAAGUGCCAACACGUGGUCCGUCUGCUUGGUGUUGUGUCCCAGGGCCAGCCAGCUUUGGUCAUCAUGGAGCUGAUGACACGCGGGGACCUGAAGAGCUACCUGCGCUCGCUCAGGCCUGACGCCGAGAACAACCCCGGGCUG